CAGUAUCGGGGCACAAAUACUACAAAACAGUACUUUAAUUUAGCAGUACUUAUUUUUUAGGCUGAUUUGCGCAGGCGUUUGUGUCAAAAUAGCGCAAACUAUAAUACUGCAUGAACGUAUUGGCCUACCAAUAACUCUCUAAUCUCAUUACGGUAAUCGAGCUUCAAAUACGGUAUUUUCAAAUGGCUUCGACGGUAAUACGCGUUGGCCACCCUGAUCAUGUGAGCAGGCCUUAGCUACAGCGAAAAGUCCCUACCACAGAUUAAAGAACCUCUGUGAUCUGUGCUCCCUACUACAAAAGUCCAAAAAGUCGGACAAUCCAUUGACUGUUUCUGUAAAUUAACUGAAACUUUUCUUGUUUAUUCACUCGGGAUACAAUGGAUCUUGCCCCAAAUUAUUGGCUGUAGCCUGAAACCGCUUGGAUUGUGCUGUUGACAGUUGGAUGGGUUUAUAAAUGUCAUAAAAAUCAACAUGGAUUUUGAUUUAAGCAAAGAGAAUAUUCAACCCCUACGAAGGGGGCGAAAUGUUCAUCAACUGGAAAUGGCCCUGCAUGCCCAAACUAGCCCCGAGUAUCAGCAACAGUUGCAGCAACAAAAGGAGCAUUUCGAAACCUUAAUAAAAGAGUAUCAAGGCGAUGAUCCGCUGCAGAACUACUACGAGUACAUCUUGUGGAUUGAACAGACUUUUCCAAAAAGCGGACACGAAGGAAAUUGUGUGUCAUUGUUGGAACAUUGCUUGGGCAAGUUUGAGGAUGAUCCUCGAUACACUAAUGAUAUGAGGUUUUGCAAAUUGUGGGUUAAAUAUAAUGACAUGUUUCCUAGCCCAGAGGAACUCUACUUAAUGAUGAAAUCGAAAAACCUAUGUACUGGCUGUGCAGAGUUCUACAAGGCAUGGGCCUACUACUACGAAGCAGGCGGCGAUUUCCAGAAAGCCAAUAAUAUUUUCGAGGAAGGCAAGCGAAACUUAGCUCAACCCUACGAUGAGCUGGAGCUGGCCCACAAAAACCUAAUAACCUCAGCCGGUGAACAUAUGCUGUAUGGGCCAAACGAGGGCCGUUUACAAGAAAAACGGCAGGCUUUAACGUCGCUUCACUUAUGUUCAAGCGGAAGAGUGAACAAUGUCCGCCUACCUUCAGGUUCAGCAAAUGGUAUCGGUACUUUGGCAGACGCUCGUAGAGAUGGACCAAAUGUUGCUUUGAAUAUCUACGAAGAUCAAGCUAGUGCUUUUCCAACGGGGGGUGCUGCGCCCACAAGCAUUAUAACGGUGGCCAAAAGGCAAGAAGGGCCGAAAGAGAACACUCUGAAGCCCGGACCAUGGACGACUGUGCCCCAUAAAAAGCGCGUUUUGGGAACACACCGGCCAAUUGCUGCGGGAUUUACAAUCCUCGAAGAUACAAGCGAGCCUAGUGGGGGUUACUUGCCUGCCAAUUUACCGCCCGUCUGUUUGGAGGACUACUCGAAUUGGAACGUGGCCCUGCAAAAUUUUCCAGAUCCCCCAAAUCCUAAUGUGCUGGUUGCCUAUCCGAAGCAUCUAGUUUACUCGGAUCCAAACAUCGAGUACUCGAUCGAAGAAUUGAGGGCCAUCAGGUAUAGAAGCAAUGGGAACAGUACGAAAAAUUUGGUGAGAUGUGAGGAAAUGCAGCCUAUCAUUGUGGUGGAUGAUGAUGAGGAUGGCUGUGUUGUGGUGGCCCAAGAAAACCAGGCUGAUCAGGAGAAUAAUCGAAUGGAUGCUACUCCCAACUUCACGCGGUUUGAAGGGAACAGUCCUAACCAGUCAUGUGGAGUCGAAGCAAUGUCCACAGUAAGUCACAGCCCGUGGAAAUCCUCAGCAGAUCACCAAAACUUCCUACAAAACGUAUUCGGCGAAAGCAACGAACAUAGGCUAAACGCUUUUGCUCCGUUGAAGUUCGACAUACUUGAAGAUCCGGAACCAGAACGGUCGCCAUUCAGUAUCAACGUGCCGGAGCAGCCAGCGAGAGGCUUUGCUAUUUUCGAUCAGAGCAUGCAAUCAGUUCCCCCACAAGCAGGCAACGCAAUGAAAACGGCGUUUCGAACACUGAAUGCAGACGAAGUGGAAACGGGCUCCCGUGGUGGAAUGGAUGGAGCAAUGGCAGCACAGCCCGCUGAUGACGCGAAGCCCAUGCCAGUACCAUUUUCCGACAGUAGCUCGUGCUCGUUAGGAGACGACUCGUACUGCUCUCCUCAGCAGUUUAGCUUUGAUUUAAAUGUAAUGCAGGUCAGUACGCCCCAAACUAAAACACUGGCGCCGAAGGAAACCCCUCAGCCCAGCACCAAAAUAGAUCUUUUUAAGGAUAAGAGUUUAAGUACCAUUAUUGAAGAGAGAAGUAGUUAUAGGUCCUGUUCAUCUGGCUCGAGCGGGACGGUAACUAAGUUGACGCUUCACAGCCAUCAUAAAAACAAAAUCGGCACGAUAUCCGAAGAGCACAACAGCUAUUGGGAGCAGAACAUGAAAGCCAACGAAGAACUGCGUCGCAGCUUACUAAGUGGUCUAAUGGAGGACGUGCUACCUGUAGUACAAUUGCCAGCUGCUCCUUCGCCUAUCCAAUCUGCCCCAAUGGCAACGGCAUUUUCGCCUAAGACUCCUCAGCCCCUUGACUAUGUUCCAGCAGAUCCAUUUAACGCAAAUUUAAUCUCGCAUUUGUUGCAGCGAGUCUCAUUUCCAGGCGGUCACGGUCACUGUUUGGAACAAAUUUACGGCAAUCCCAAAUUGGCGGUUCGGAAGCAGCCAAUGUAUAUAGGCAACGACAGAUAUAUAAUCGAGAAGCUCUUGGGCAAGGGCCAGUUCGGAACAGUAUUUAAAGCCUGUAAUUGCGGUACUAAGUGUACUGUAGCUUUAAAGUAUCAAAAACCUCCCAACAAAUGGGAAUACUACAUUUGUAAGGAAUUGCAGUCUAGGCUGGCAAAUCAUAAUUUGCGAGAUAGGUUUAUGGACGUUACAAAAGGAUAUUUUAGUGACCAGGCCUCGAUUUUGGUGUCUCAGCUAGAGCCGCUCGGUUCGCUUUUGGCCACAGCCAAUAUAUUGAAAACCUCCUUUAAGGUCCAUAAGGAGUCCAUCGCCAUGUACUUCACCCUGCAGAUGCUGCAAAUAGUCAAGGCGAUGCACGAAGUGAAAAUUAUUCAUGCCGACAUCAAGCCGGACAACUUCUUGGUUUUUCCUUUGCGCGACAAUUAUCUCGGUUUACGACUAAUUGAUUUCGGUUGCAGUAUAGACAUGUCAUUGUUCCCAGAAGGAGCUGCUUUUACUGUCCCUAUUAAUACUGAAGAUUUUAUUUGUUGUGAGGUGCGUGAUGGGCGGCCGUGGAGCUACCACACCGAUCUGUUUUGUGUGGCCGCAACAGCGCACGUGCUUUUGUUACAAGAGUAUAUCCAGUUAAAGAAAAACCGAGAUGUGUGGAGUUUGGUUAUUCAUUUGCCGCGUUAUUUGGUUCAGGAUUUAUGGAAUAUGCUGUUCAGUAGUAUGCUAAACCAACAAUCAGGGCCGGCAGACAUUGCCACCUUAGAACUUCUGUUUCAAGAAGAGAUCGACAAGCCGAGCCGUCAGAAAGACUUGCGUAUCAAUCUGAUUUCUCUGAGCAACAUGUUGAAGAAUCGAUAGUUUUGAUUUUUAAUGGUUCUAACUCGGACAUUGUUCACUUUGUUUUAGAUAUCUUCCCAUUUAGUUUACAUAUAUAUUUAAGAAUUAUUAUAAAACAUCUGAAAUAUUUAUUAUAAAUCUAUCUUCAGGAAAAUGAAAUGAUCAUGUUUCAUUCCAGAUUGAAUAAACGCGUAGGCGCAAGAAUCUA